AUCCUCUUUUUCUUUUUGUUUGAAACAGUUAACUUCUCCUUACAAUAUCAUCCCUUGAAUCGUAUACUUAGUUGAGAGGAUAAAGGAUCUGAUUGCCAACUAAUAAAGCUCUGAUUAUUGAUUAAACAAAUGUUCGUUGUCAGCACCUAACUAGAUGUAUAGAGGACGGUAUGGAGAAUAUGCAUACUGAUGUUAGUAUGUUUGAGGGUUAGCUAAUCCAAGUUGGGUUUGCAAAUGGUUGCAGUGUUUGCUUUACUUCUAUCAGGUUAUUUUGUCUUGUGCUAAGAUUAAAGCACUUGACAAUUUCGCUUUUAUUCAAGAGAGAUCAAGACGAAAUUACCGCUUUAAUUCGGAACCUGAUUGCCAUCAUAAUACCGGCUUCCUUGUUUCCCGAUUACAAAACAGUCCCCCUCGCCUCUCCCCAAUAUCCUGACCCACCCCUCCUAAAAUAUUUGCCCUAAUGUAAACGACGCCAUUUCUUGCGCUCUUGAAAACUGGAAGUGAUAGAACACUGGAGAUAUCAAAUGAUGUGACCCAACUCAAUUAGCAUGGGUGUGACUGUACACUACAAUGAGCCAGCUGACUAACAUGCAAGUACAGAUUGUAGAUGGUCUAUCUGUUGGGGACCAGGAGAGUGACUGUGAUGAUGACGACAGGCGAGAAUUGAUCAGUCACUAUGCUAACGAUAAGUACCUCAGUAAAUGGGAACUGGCUGAAGAGGAAGAAGAGAUUGAAGAGGAACAAGAAAGUUUGGAUGAUAAAGAGCCAAAUAUAGACAACUCAGAGCAGAAAGGGGCAGCCGGACCCAAAGUUGUUCAAUGUCUAGUGGCUGCUAGUGACUGUGAUGAUCUGUCACUUGUGUCUUACAACAGUGUUAGGGACUGUAACCUAUCAGCUGCUCCAAAAACAGCCCCAACAUCAGUGCACCAUCAGCUAGGACUACUGUCUAAGUCCACCGGUGAAGGGUUGAAGCUUUGGCAAGGUUACGGAGGAAACAUUUACUUCAAUGCCGUCCGUUGUCAGUCAAUGCGGAUCAACAGCGCCAAGUAUGGAAAACUGAAAAAAGACAUUACAAAGAGAUGGAUAUCCAAAUCUUGUACCCCUAUGUACAGAAAAGAUGGGUAUCAGACACAAGUAGUGAGUUCAUCCAAGUCAGACAUGGAAAUACCGAUAGCCUCCUGCAGCAAUCUGGGAAGUCUACGCAUGAGGUCUUGCAAGGAGAAGAAGUGCAAGACAGCCACGUGUAGACAUUGUGAAAUUCCUAAACCCUUGACAGGAAAGAUAUGUAAGGGAUUCAGUGAAAAACUACUAACUGAAACUUUUCAGCGGCUUCAGGAAAAUGGUGAUUAUAGACUGAAAGGGGAAUCUUUGUCCGUAUCUCGAGGGCAAGUUGGCGAUGCACUGGUCGAUCCUAUUGAUAAAGUGAGGCAAUUUAACACUCAGUUGAAAGGUAGAGACGUUGCUGUGAGUUUGGAGAGAGGCUUCCCAACCCUAUUCUCAGACAGUUCAUUUUUUUCACACAGUGACCACAGAAGUUCAACUGUGGUUACUGCCAACACAGACCCAUUUCUUAAGCUUCCAGUUCUGGGAAACUCUGACGGGAAACACAGAAAGAGCAAAACUGAGAAUGGAAGUUCAAGCGAGAACAAUAAUAACGAGUUGAGGCCUGUGUUCAUUAUUCCUUUUGGUUCAUUUGAUGAUCCUGUGGACGGGGAACCUGAAUCGAAACGAAAAGCAGAUAGACGAGAGAAGCCUUCAUCCAAGAGCCAGGCAGAUCGAAAUAACAAUUCACCAGGGUCCAUGGAAGAGGCUAAGAAUUCUUCUGAAAAACUAGACGAUUCUGUCAUAACAGCCUGUUCCGUAGAUAAAGUUACAGACAGCAGUGCUUGUACUGAAGAAAAUGGUCAAAAUUCCGUCAAGCAUUCAUUACCAAUCUCUGCUAAUGAUGAAAAGUCGCCAUGUAGCCCUCGAUCACCCAAACAAACCGCUCCCGACUUUCAUCUAAAGAGAGAAAUAAGUAACCUUUCCCUGAGUAAUUACCUGAAGGCUGUUCCCACACGAAGUUCACACGAUCAGGACAGUCUGACGUCCCCUAGGUCAAAUCUGAUGCCAAAGAUGAGUUACACCAAACGAUCACGAGCCCUUCCGACAUUUUACAUGGUGAACAACUCCUUGCAUCAAAUAAAUCCCGCAGGAUUUAGUUCACCGCGGACGAAUACCUCUCAGGUGUAUGGCGGCUAUUUUCCAACAACAGGACGAAAUGAGUCGAAAGUGUUUUACGCGGAGAUCAGCGCCAGCUCAGAGAAGAACUCUUCGCCGAGUGGUGAUGGUAAAAUGCAAGGAUUCUCGAGAAGAAAGAGAAGCACAAGCCCUAAGAAAGCCGUCUCGAACUCUCAGAUUCCGUUUUUGUAGGCCAGGUACUUGUCCAGAAAGUCACUAUCGCGAAAAAGUGUCGAACGAUCGCCAAGAGUUCAAAACUCACUGAAAUCUGACAAGAAUUUAUUACACGUACCAGUUACAGGACACCAAUUCUCGAGGUUGAGUGGAGUCAGUGAUAGAUAACUGUUCCCCUCCGGUAGGGUGAAAAAGAGGCACAUCGGUCAAACGUAUGCGCAUGUGCGAACGACGAAUCGACUGCAUCCAAAAAUGGUGUUUCAACAUCGCGCCUCCAGGCCGUCAAAGGCAACUUUCACAGGAAUUCUAUGACUUUAGUUUUUCUUUCCAUAACUUUUAUCGCCCUUUAAAGAUUUCUACGAAAGUUUAACUUUUUUCGUGAAUAUGCGUGGCACCGGUCGGCUCUUAGGUUUUAGUCUAAAAUUUGUUCGGGAAAUUGGUGUGCUCAGUCCUGGUCAAAAAUGAUCUUUUGCUCUUGCCCAACAUUUGACGUCUGUCUUGACUGUAAUUAAUUAAUCAGCGGCAAUGCACAGGAUUUGAAGAUUUUUUCAGGCUGUAUUUGCUGUUGCAAGUUUUCUUUGACAAAAUCUGAGUCAUCAGGUUUUCAACAAGGAGAUUUGCUUAGCUUACGUUUAUCCGUAUCCUUCCCCACAAGGAAAAACGUUUCUACUGGGGGAGGGGGGGGGGUGGUUACGGCUACACGAAAGGCUAAGAUUUACCGAGAAAAAAGUUGCUAAGGAAGAAAUCUGUGUGUGACUUGAUGUGACGAUACGUGACGUGAAGAUGAAUUGUCAAAGACAUUGCUUUAUGUGUCCACGUUCUAAGAAAAAGUAAAAGUCUACUCCAGCAAGUGUUUCGGCGAAUUAUUAGGACCGUUGGUAUUGGCUUGGCUGUUCAGAACGUUCACAUCCAUUACUUCAGCUAUUAGAUCAGAAUUAAAGGGACACGGUCACGGUCUGCGCAUGCUCGUGUAGCCGACUUUUUCAAGUUGCAUUCACAAAUUCAAAAUGGCGUCUAGCGGAGGAUCCGGACAUGGCGGUAAACGCAUUAACUCAGGGCGGAAACGAAAGGUUGAAGACAGAGGGGAAUACAAGAAAGCGUGGCUGAGGAACCAUAAGCGUAUUUAUGUGGAAGAAAAGACAUUUAAGUUGUGGCUGCAGGCAAAAUUUGAUGCAGGUUAUGAGUCAUUCAGCGACAGCGAUUUUACUGAUAGGAAAAUAAAAUAAUGCCAGAUAUCACAGACAUUUGUAGCAUUUGCGAGGCAGAUGUUUAUUCUACUACACAUUAUAAUUGGAAUACAGGUAAGCCUCAGGCGAACUCUACGGCUUUCAUAAAUAUAGGCAGAUGACGACUGCUCGUUCGAAUCCUGAAGAAAGGGAAUACACAAAU